GUAGGCAGACGGUUGAUUUUUAAGAGCGGCAUUUUGCUCAUUGCGCGAGAAACAAUCAAAAUGAAGGCCGCAACCGCAUACAAUGACUGCAUUUGCCGAAAACAAGGUUCUUGUCUCUUACGUUCCAGUGAAAAAAAGAAAAAAGUUGUACUUAUGCUAUCAUCACUUCAUGCCGAUGGCCAAGCUAAUGAUGAAACAUCUGAGAACAAACCCGAAGUAAUAACCUUUUACAACCAGACAAAAGGGGGUGUAGACACUGUUGAUCAAAUGAAAGGCACAUAUUCAGUUUCCAGGAUAACCUGCAGGCAAUUUAACCCAGAGGAGGACGUUUCUAAAGGAAAUUGCCCUGGAGCUAAUAAAGCCACAUAUUUCUAAUCGGCAGGCCAUAAAAACUUUACCUCGUGAUUUAAGAAAUACUAUGGAUCGCAUUGU